UGCCGGCUGAUGACGUCACCAGCCCGCGGCGGAGAAGAAGAAGGCAACAUGGCGGACGUGGUGAGUGUCGAAGUCAACCUGGACGCUUUCUCGCACGCUAUCAGCGGGAUUCAGGCGCUCCGCUCCAGCGUGAGCCGCGUCUUCGAGUCCCUGAAGGAUGGCAUGAAGAACCGGGAUACCUUAGAAAACCGGGAGAAACAAUUUAUAGCCGAAUUCCAGGACAAUCUGCAGGCGGUCAACAGAGACCUGAACGAGUUGGAGCGCCUCAGUGGUCUUGUUGGUCGACCAUCCGAGUCUCACCCGCUCCACAACAGUGGACUUCUCAGUCUGGACCCUGUUCAGGACAAAACUCCUCUUUACUCUCAGCUGCUGCAGGCCUACAAAUGGUCCAACAAGUUGCAGUACCACGCGGGCCUGGCCUCCGGUUUGUUGAACCAGCAGUCACUCAAACGGUCAGCCAAUCAGAUGGGAGCGUCGGCCAAAAGACGGCCUAAGGUCCAGCCCAGCACGCUGGUCCUUCCCCCUCAGUAUGUGGACGACGUCAUCUCUCGGAUCGGAAGGAUGUUUCCCGACAUGACAAUUGAACUGUUCCGACCUAAUGGAACGUCUGCCGUGCUGCUGGUGACCCUGGGCAAGGUGCUGAAAGCGAUCGUUGUGAUGCGUUCACUGUUCAUUGACAGAACGUUGGUCCGAGGCUUCAACGAGAACGUUUACACCGACGACGGAAAGCUGGACAUCUGGACCAAGUCCCAGCACCAAGUCUUCCAGAAGGUAACGGACCACGCCACCACCGCCCUGCUGCACUACCAGCUGCCUCAGAUGCCCGAGGUGGUGGUGCGCUCCUUCAUGACUUGGCUGAGGAGCUACAUCAAACUCUUCCAGUCUCCCUGUCAGCGCUGUGGUCACUUCCUGCAGGACGGACUUCCGCCCACGUGGAGGGACUUUAGGACCCUGGAGGCCUUCCACGACACCUGCCGCAUGUGACGCUCUUUUAUUGCAAUAAACUUCGACUAUUUUUCUACA